AAGUCCAGCGCCAAGAGGAAGAAGCGGGCUUUCACUCGAUCACCUCCGACAAAGUCUUCCAGUCCGUUCCCUUAUGAAGUAUCAACAACCACCUUUACUCAGGUUCUCCUCGCCUCAUUUCACCUGCUUUCUUUCGUCCCAUGUGAUGCUCGCCUAUGCCAUCAUGUCUCAUCGCCAUUCGGACGCUCUGCCGUGAUCACCGCCGCCUCCAACUUCGACACUCAGCACUUCGAUAUCUGCCGCUAUGGAAGCCCGACUACAGCUACUGCUACCGCCUCACUCACAACACAUCCGUCGCCGGUUCCCGCAAACAUGACAGCUUUCCCAAGCCAGCCUCCACGAAGGUCAUGGAAGAUGCCGAGUCUGCCUAUCUGGAUUACUUGCAGGCUGCUGGAAAUGAGACCCCCCUAUCAGACACUCGCAAAGACGACCCACGGCAGAAUGCUAGGACACCUCGCGGAACUGGCAAUAGAGCCGAAGUGGAUGUAGGGCGCGCGCGACGUUCUCUAGUCGCUCACCGAGACCAGAUCCCACAGCAGCGUGUGCAGGCACGACAUCCGCGAAACGUCUCGAUUCAGCGAAAACGAGAACAACAGGUCGGCAAGGGACCUGCUUAUCGACAUACCCUCCUCCUCUCGAAUCACGAUGUGCCUUCCCAUUCGAAGAAAGCCCAUCUUCGCGCGACUGCAACAGGGCUGAGACGUCUUUCAGCAGCAGCGAUACACCGGAAAAAAACUUUAGGCUCUCAGGGAACUUGGUUGGAUAAUGUGACGACUCUUUAUCGCUUCUUCCAGCCCAGGAAGCGCGCAUAUAAUGAGGAGGGAAAUGGAAAAGUAAAGGUGCCAUUGCCUGUACUUCCACCUUCAACAAUCGACGAUGUUGAGCAAAUCUAUGCUGCUCUCGAUGAAGGCGCCGAUAUAAGUCGCCUUUUCACGAAUUAUGCCAUAAGGUGUCGACCCGUGACCUUGUGGUUCCUGCACUACGAUCCAGCAACUGCCCUCGACGUUGUCCUGGCGAGCGGACGGGGUCUAUAUUUUUUGCAGGUGAGAAUGGCUCUCCAAUGCUUAGUUGCGCAAUACCAGCGUCGCGAUGAUCGAGCCACCAACCUGAAGCGACUCGUCGAAGCGCUUCCUACAUGUGAACGAACACAUCCUUCCUUCAAGGGUCUAACAUGUUUCAACGGGACCUUCUAUAAUUUCAUACUGGAUUAUUUGAAUGAUGAGGCGAUCUCUCGCCUAUAUGAAAACCUGAAGAGGAACGGACGAACCAGGAAGAGUUCAUCGACUUGGCUACAUUUUACCAGCUCAUUUCUGGAUCGCCACAUGGUCGAAAACGCUCUUGGUGCAUUGUUGCACGCGAAGAACGCUCACACAGACAUCGACAGCGCGUUCUUUUCCAGACUCUGCAGCCGCCUACUUCGCACAGCCAACAGAAUGCCCGGAGGGCUCCGGACAUGUAUUCGUAUCAUCGACAAGCUAGUCGGAAUUGGUGUGACACUCAACAAUCAUUUGACCAAUAUCAUCAUGCUGAACGCGGUUGAGGCUGGUGACCUGAAGACAGCUAUGGAGAUUUACCAUUCUAUCCGAGACCACGGUCUGCGGCCUGACGAUUACACGUUUGCUAUAUUGCUCAAAGCCUGCAAAAGUUCCAUUGACGACGCCGAAUUGUUGAACGAGACGAUUCGUGAAGCUCUUGGCGGAAUCGACGUCCUCAAAGCACCAGUCGUGGCGACCGAGAUAUUGCACUGCCUCGCCCUUCACCACACCAAGCACCACCCAGGAAAUACCUUUGAGAUUGUAGCCGAUGCGUAUGCGCAGCUCUUCACUCUGGAAGCACCUCGCCUUGUUGGGCUCUUACCAUCGAAGCUAUCCCACCUCGAGAAUCAGGACGGUCUGCAUCGGCUACAUCCACGCAGUCGGGACAUUUACAUUCUCCUUGCUACAUUUGUGGAGCAAUCUUUCAAGAAAACUGGCACAGUCGACCAAGCAUACGAGAUCUGGCAGCGUUUCAAAAAUGCUAUCGAAGCUGGCCGGGAACCUUUUGCCUCAAUGGCGAAGUCAGAUCACGUCUUCAACGCUUUCCUAUGCACCUUUGUGGAAACGAAAAGGGGCCUCUUGCAUGCCGCAGAAGUUGUUAAAUACAUGCAAGCACCAGACGAGGCCGAUGCGAAACCUCGCCGAACACGACCGACUGUUCAGACGUGGUCCAUCUUCGUACAUGGUUUCACACGCCACGGACAAAUGCAUUUGGCAGAGCAGUUAUUGACGUAUAUGCGAGGCAAGGGCAUUCAGCCUAAUGACGUGACGUGGAACACUUUGCUCGGUGGAUAUGCCAACGAACAGGAUCUCGAAGGCGUGAUAGAUACUAUCAGGAGGCUUGAGACCGCUGGGCAUGUAUGGGACGAGUGGACGUUGGGCAAUCUUCGCAGGUAUCGAAAAUCGGGAGAGGUUGAAGCCGAGCUGAGACGAUUCGAAGCCGAACGAACAUGAUACCUCCUAUGGCGCGAUAAUUACUGUACAUUUAGAGUAGCUGUAUAUAAUAUGGAAGCA